AUGGCACGGAUCGACUACAAGACGACCACCAUCCUCCUGGACGGGAGGAGAGUCAAGCUGCAGCUCUGGGACACGUCUGGCCAGGGUCGGUUCUGCACCAUUUUCAGAUCGUACUCCAGAGGAGCUCAGGGCGUCAUCCUGGUGUAUGACAUCACGAACCGCUGGUCCUUCGACGGCAUCGAUCGCUGGAUCAAAGAGAUAGAUGAGCAUGCCCCAGGGGUGCCUAAGAUCCUGGUCGGGAACCGUCUCCACCACGCCUACAAGCGUCAGGUGACCACGGAGCAGGCGCAGGUGUACGCAGAGAAGCUGGGGGUCACCUUCUUCGAGGUCAGUCCGCUGUGUAACUUCAACAUCACCGAGUCGUUCACCGAGCUCGCUCGCAUCGUUCUGAUGAGACACGGCAUGGAGCGACUGUGGAGACCCAACAAAGUUUUGAGUCUCCAGGACCUCUGCUGUCGCUCCAUCGUCUCCUGCACACCUGUCCACCUGGUGGAUAAGCUCCCCCUUCCGCUCACCCUCAAGUCUCACCUGAAGUCCUUCUCCAUGGCCAAUGGCCUCAACGCACGCAUGAUGCACGGACGCUCGUACUCUGUCACUGCCAACGCUCACCACGGCGCCACCAAGAGGAGUGGAGCUGCGCUGCUGAAAAAGCCAAGACUGAUCCGGCCGCCACCUCUCAGCCCGUCUGCACAGAGCUGCAGAAACAGCUGUAAGAUCGCCUGAAAACGUGCACAGCAUGAACACACCAUCACACGUCUACAGAGUCUAAAGACGAGUGGGACCUUUAACCUGAGACCAUGGGACACCAGGAGCUUCAGAGCUGAGUACAGAAAGAGUUGGAAGUCCAACAUUUCUGUCCUUGAGUGGAAUUUUAACAACGUGUGAGAAGACUGUUGGGUGACAGACUCCAUGGACGUAAAAGUUAGAAAAUAGCUAUCUGGUAAAGUUUGUCUGGGUCUCUGGUGAUGCACUUUCUCAUGUUUGAAUGGAUUAACGUCUAAUCUAAGAGAAACCACGCGGAAGCAUCAGUGAUUCUUCUCCAAAAAAGAAAAGAAGACAUUUUUCCCGUGGACGUUUUUAGAUCCAGUAUAAAAAACUCAGCCGUGUAUUUUUUUAAUAUGGGAACAUUUAAGGGCCAGUUUUUACCAGCUUUAAGUAUUAAAGAUACAUUUAGACUGAGAUGGAAUUAUGACUUGAUCUCAGAUUACUGAUUUUAAUCUAAAAAUUCUGAUUUUAGUCUCAGAAUUCUGACUUUAAAGUGGGGGUAUUAUGCCUUUUUUCAAGGCUUUACACCAUCUCUCUGAUACCCACGCAGUAGCUUCACAU